AUGGAAUACGAACAUGUCACUGAAUUUCUCUAUCAACCACAAGCGGUUAUGGCCACUUAUGGCAAUGGACUUACUGGAGGCCUGUCGGUCGUGGCGGGAGCGAGGGGUGUCGAAAUUGUUCCAAUUUACGAUGGGGAAGAAAUUGAACGAUCAAAGUUCUUUUCGCCUUUUGGAGGAGAAAUUAUGCAGGAACGAAUGAGGGUUUUUCUCAGAGAUGAGCGAGAUCGACCAUUGAAUAGCUUUUCUGAAAAGGAAUUUCUUCGUCUUGCAAUGCAAAACAACGCCGUCUUCAAUGGUGUUCCAAAAGUCGACGAAGUUGUUCUUCCAGAUGGUGGGCGAAUCAAUCUUUCUGACGGACUAAGAGUCUGUUCUCGCGCCAUCAUCCCCGAAUAUCUUCCAAUUUCCAAAUCGCUUCAAAGCUGCGAUAAGGAUCUGCUGGAAAGUGGAGUUUUCUCGCAAUGCGUCUUUAGUGGAGGCUUAUCGAAUAUGACCAAUUUCAAUCAAGAAUGUAUUUCGUCCAUCAAAGACGCAUUCAUCGACAUUCGCCAAAACCGAAAAAUAUGGUCAACUAGAGCAACUCAUCGAAAUAUGCGAAUUUCCUCCUUCACUCAACCAGGUUUUUAA